AUGCUUUUCCAUAACCAAAUUGCUUGGAUCUUCUCAUCAAGCGAAGCCGUGUUAGCAGCCGUUAAUAAAACUCACUGUUCUAUUAGCUCUCACCGUGUGGCGGUUGGAUCCGGUUGGCAAUCCUACGUUGCCUAUAUAAACUUAGGAUGUUACUAUUGUAUUGGAAUUCCACUUGGAAUUUUAAUGGGUUGGAUUUUGAAGUUCGGUGUCAUGGGUAUUUGGGCUGGUAUGAUAUUUGGAGGAACCGCAGUUCAGACAAUAAUUUUAAUUUUGAUCACAAUGAGAUGUGAAUGGGAAAAAGAGGCGCAGAUUGCACAAGCACGUAACCGGUUCAAGUAUCAUAGAAUCUCUAAGCAGUUAGUGAGUUACUUACUGGACAAGACUGAUAAGAGUUUAUUAACUGAUUAG